AAUUUUUCUAAUUGUUCACCGGACGACAAUAAAAAUUUGAAUAUUUUUUUUUGACGACGUGGGUAUAUUGAGAGUUGUUCAGCACAAAAUUACCUUUCCGACCAUGUUUAGAAAAUAUAUGUAACAAAACCACUGUUCCACUGUGAUAAUUAAUCGGUUAGUGGUGGUGGUACGAAAUCGGAAGCGUGCGACAGUCUUGGGCCGUCGACACCGUUGUAGGUAUGCCGAGGAUAUUCUGUACCUUGUCUGAUAUGUUGAAUCGCGCUAAAGCCUAUCUCUGUCUUGCGUAAAUGCAGUUUCCACAUAUCCUAUCAGCCUCCAUAAGCGACUGUAGAGUCGAAUCUGAAAUCCGACUGCACGGAAACCUCGGUCUUUUUGCGGAGUUAACAUAUCGCGCUUGGACGUGAUCUAUUCCUCGCUUAGGGUAAAAAUCAUCAAAAAUAAAUUAUUAAAUAAUAAAUGGAGUAAUAUGUAAUAAAAAAAUAAUGUUUUUAUUCGUAAAAAUAUUUGGGGGGGCAUUGUCCCAACGACCUUAUGGACAAGCCGCCACUGGUACGAUUAUUUACAAAAAUAAAUGUAGUGCUGCCAUGACAAGGUGUCCAAAAGGCAUCGUUUUCCCAAAGAGGAACAGCUGCUGAAAAAAUGGAUUGAAAAUGUCAACGCGCCUCUUUUUAGUUCCAUGGAACCAAGCGAACUCUAUAACAAAUAUGUGUGUGAUAGACAUUUUUCUACCGAUUUCAAAGUUCCUGGAACAAGACGGGGACUUCGUAGAGAUGCUUUUCCGAAUAUUUGUUUAUCAGCAGUUGUCCUACAAGGGAAAGAGGAAGAUGACGUCCAUUUGACGUCAAUGGUUGAAGAAGCAGCCUCAGUAACUAGUGAUUUUAUUCAAUCACCAGUAAUCCCAAAUGUAGAAGAUGAAACUUGUUUGUCUCCUCCACAAAAUAAUUCGUGCACAACGCCGCCUAUGAAAUCAUCGAGAAAACGAGGGGGCAUUUUGCACAGUGUUGAUGCAACCAGGCAAGCACAGUUGACACCCCGCUGCAAAAGGUUUUAUUCGAUGGCGUUGAAUUGGUCGGUAAAACAAAUGAGGAUGGGAAAGAAAAUAGGCAAUCUCCGGAUGAGAUUGGCUCAAGCAGAGAAAGUUUCUCAAUCUCCAGAGGGACUACUACAUGUGAAAGAUAAUAAUACCGAUGAAGCCCUCUGAUCAUAAAAACGUAAGCAUGAUCACCUAAACGUGUAGUCAAUUUUCCAACAUCUUCUAACACCAGUUAAACAUUCAUUUCGUAUAUAAUAAGCAGUAUGCGGAAAUUUAUCUUACGGAUGCAAUUCCCCAGUUGAAGCAAGGUGUGUUUUACGGUGAGUAGCGGGGACGCUUUGAUCUGGUCCACAAGGUCGUCUCUAGGACUGUUUACAGCUAGUAAAAAAACUACUUCUAUAUUACUAUAUUACUUCAAAUACUAAUACUCGGUGCCCUUAUUAAUUUUUCAACCACAGGAGACACAGAUUUAUGAUCUUGAAAUGUUAUAUUAUGUUGAUAUAGUCCAAAAGAAAAAUAUAUUUGUAAUCAAAAUAUCGACGCAGCAGCACUGGAUCGAGCGUCUGAAACAUAAUUCCGCCUGUUGAUAAUAAGACAAAUUUGAUAUUAUCGUUAUCUCUUUUUUAUUAUCAACUUUUAUACAAUUUAUUUCACAAUAAAUUAGACUGUAUUGAUUUAAUAUAUAGUUCUGUUUUAUACUGAUUUCUAGCCGUACAAACAUCUCAGUUCGCUCUUCAGUUUCGGCUAUGUCUAAUUUAUUCAACAAAAUUGCACAUUUAUGUGAUAUUAAUUUAGAUUCUAGUUGUAGUA